AUGGCAGAAGACGAUGUUGAGCGCCAGGUCGAAAAGCCGCGCCCUGCUGAGCGCUCGGUACAUGCCGUGUUCUAUAUCGCGGCUUGGAUCUUCUUUUCCAACUCCACGAUUCUCUUCAACAAGUGGAUAAUUGAUACAAGGGGUUUCAGAUACCCCGUAAUCCUAACAUGCUGGCACCUCAUCUUCGCCACGAUCGCGACCCAGGUACUUGCACGGACGACGAGACUCCUAGACGGGCGCAAAAAUGUCAAAAUGACGGGACGGACUUACCUGCGCGCCAUCGUACCCAUCGGCCUUGUCUACAGCGCAUCGCUCGUCUGCAGCAACAUGGUAUACCUGUACCUGAGCGUGGCCUUUAUUCAGAUGCUCAAGGCCGCCUCGCCCGUGGCCGUAUUACUGACGGCGUGGGCCUGGCGCGUCGAGAAACCCUCACUGAACAAGUUCCUCAACAUCCUGCUCAUCGUUUUCGGCGUGGGGCUCGCCAGCUUCGGCGAGAUUGACUUUAGCUGGGCCGGUUUCUUCUUCCAGGCGGGUGGCAUUGUCUUUGAGGCCAUGCGCCUCAUCAUGAUCCAAGUGCUCCUGUCCGGCGACGACCAGAAGAUGGAUCCGCUCGUCAGCCUGUACUACUAUGCUCCGGUCUGCGCCUUGAUGAACGUUAUUAUCGCUAUCGGUUCCGAGGCGAAUAAGUUUGACGCCGCCGACCUGGCCAAAGCAGGGUAUGGCUUCCUGCUUCUCAAUGCCAUAGUAGCCUUUCUGCUCAACGUGAGCAGCGUUUUCCUGAUCGGGAAAACCUCCGGCCUCGUCAUGACCCUCACCGGCAUCCUCAAGCAGGUUCUCCUCGUCAUGGUCUCGGUCAUGAUCUCGCACACGCACAUUGCCAUGCUUCAGUUCGUCGGCUACUCGAUCGCCCUGGCCGGGUUGGUGUAUUACUCGCUCGGUUGGGACCAGAUUGUCACCCUCUCCUCGAGCGCAUGGAUCUACGCGAGGGGUGUCUAUGAAUCCGUCAGCACCAACCCCAACGCCGCCCAGGCAGACGGGGACGCCGGCCGCCUGCCUGUUGCUGUGCGUAGGGGCCUUAUCAUUGGCGGUGCGACCAUCGUUGUGUUGGUCCUCUUCGGUGGUUUCUUUUUCAGUGGUGGUCUAGACGCGUUCGCCACCGAGAGUGCGAUGGACGGCUUAGGCACGGUGUCGUGA